GGCCCGCUCUCCGCUGACGGCGCGCCCCUGUCUCGUUUCGGCCCCGCCGGGACAACGCCUGGAGUCGCCGCAGCCGGGUGAUCGAGCCCGUCAUCCUCCGCCAACGUUUCGAGGUUGCCCUGCUCCGGAGUGAGUUUGAGCAGAAUGAAGUUAAAGGAAAUAGAUCGUACAGCUAUGCAGGCAUGGAGCCCUGCCCAGAGCCAUCCCAUUUACUUAGCCACAGGAACAUCUGCUCAGCAGUUAGAUGCAACGUUUAGUACCAGUGCUUCCCUGGAGAUAUUUGAGUUAGACCUUUCGGACCCAUCCUUGGACAUGAAGUCUUGUGCUACUUUCCCCUCCUCUCACAGGUACCACAAGUUGAUCUGGGGACCUCAUAAGAUGGAUUCCAAAGGAAAUGUUUCUGGAGUUCUGAUUGCAGGUGGAGAAAACGGUAGCAUCAUUCUUUAUGACCCUUCUAAGAUCAUAGCUGGGGACGAGGAGGUCGUGCUGGCACAGAAGGACAAGCACACUGGGCCUGUGAGAGCCUUGGACGUGAACAUUUUCCAGACCAAUUUGGUGGCCUCUGGUGCUAAUGAAUCUGAAAUCUACAUUUGGGAUCUAAACAAUUUUGCAACUCCAAUGACACCAGGAGCCAAAACACAGCCAGCAGAAGACAUCAGCUGCAUCGCGUGGAACAGACAAGUGCAGCAUAUUUUAGCAUCAGCAAGUCCCAGUGGCCGGGCAACCGUGUGGGAUCUUAGAAAAAACGAGCCGAUCAUCAAAGUCAGUGACCACAGUAACAGGAUGCACUGCUCUGGGCUGGCGUGGCACCCUGAUGUGGCUACGCAGAUGGUCCUAGCCUCUGAGGAUGACCGAUUACCAGUGAUCCAGAUGUGGGAUCUCCGAUUUGCCUCCUCUCCUCUCCGCGUUCUGGAAAACCAUGCCAGGGGAAUUUUGGCAAUUGCUUGGAGCAUGGCAGAUCCUGAAUUGUUGCUAAGCUGUGGAAAAGAUGCUAAGAUUCUGUGCUCCAACCCUAACACAGGAGAGGUAUUAUAUGAACUUCCCACCAACACACAGUGGUGCUUUGAUAUCCAGUGGUGUCCUCGAAAUCCUGCUGUCCUAUCAGCUGCUUCCUUUGAUGGACGGAUCAGUGUUUAUUCUAUCAUGGGAGGGAGCAUAGACGGCUUAAGGCAGAAACAAGUUGACAAGCUUUCAUCAUCCUUUGGGAAUCUUGAUCCCUUUGGCACAGGACAGCCCCUCCCUCCACUACAAAUCCCACAGCAGACUGCGCAGCACAGCAUAGUGCUACCCCUGAAGAAGCCACCCAAGUGGAUCCGCAGGCCUGUUGGUGCCUCCUUCUCGUUCGGGGGGAAACUGGUGACUUUUGAGAAUGUUCGAGGGCAGCCUCAGCAGGGCGCUGAGCAGCAGCAGCGGCAGCAGGUGUUCGUCAGUCAGGUGGUGACGGAAAAGGACUUUCUCAGCCGCUCGGAGCAGCUGCAGCAGGCUGUGCAGUCCCAGGGCUUCGUCAGUUACUGCCAGAGAAAGAUUGAUGCUUCUCACACUGAGUUUGAGAAGAACGUGUGGUCCUUCUUGAAGGUCAACUUUGAGGAGGAUUCUCGAGGGAAAUACCUGGAGCUACUUGGAUACAGAAGAGAAGACCUGGGGAAAAAGAUUGCUCUGGCCUUGGACAGAGUGGAUGGAUCCGAUGUGGCUCUUAAAGACCCUGACCAAGUAGCACAGAGUGAUGGGGAGGAGAGCCCUGCUGCUGAGGAGCAGCUCUUGGGAGAGCGAAUUAAAGAGGAAAAACAGGAACCUGGCUUUGUGCCCUCAGCUGGAGGGACAUUCAACAUCUCCGUCAGUGGGGAUAUUGAUGGAUUAAUUACUCGGGCUUUGCUGACGGGCAAUUUUGAGAGUGCAGUUGACCUUUGUUUACACGAUAACCGAAUGGCUGAUGCUAUUAUAUUAGCCAUAGCAGGUGGACAAGAACUCUUGGCUCAAACACAAAAAAAAUACUUUGCAAAAUCUCAAAGCAAAAUUACCAGGCUCAUCACCGCCGUGGUGAUGAAGAACUGGAAGGAGAUUGUGGAGUCCUGUGAUCUUAAAAACUGGAGAGAGGCCUUAGCUGCAGUGUUGACUUACGCUAAGCCGGAUGAAUUCUCAGCCCUGUGUGACCUCCUGGGAGCCAGACUUGAGAGUGAAGGAGAUAGCCUCCUGCAGACACAGGCAUGCCUCUGCUAUAUUUGUGCAGGGAAUGUAGAAAAACUGGUUGCCUGUUGGACAAAAGCUCAAGAUGGUAGCAAUCCCUUGUCUCUUCAGGAUCUGAUUGAGAAAGUUGUCAUCCUCCGAAAAGCUGUGCAGCUCACCCAAGCAAUGGACACGAAUACAGUAGGGACUCUCUUGGCUGAGAAAAUGAGUCAGUAUGCCAGUUUGUUGGCAGCUCAGGGGAGCAUUGCCGCAGCCUUGGCAUUUCUGCCUGACAACACAAAUCAGCCAAAUAUUGUGCAGCUGCGUGACAGACUCUGCAGAGCACAAGGGAAGCCUGUGCCAGGACAGGAAUCAUCUAGAAGCCCUUAUGAGAGGCAGCCGCUGUCCAAGGGCAGACCUGGACCAAAUGCUGGCCACCCACAGAUGCCCAGAGUUCAGACACAGCAAUAUUAUCCCCAUGUUAGAGUUGCCCCUACUGUCACUACCUGGAGUAACAAAACUCCUACUGCCCUUCCCAGCCAUCCACCUGCAGCCUCUCCCUCUGACACACAGGGAGAAAACCCUCCACCUCCAGGUUUCAUAAUGCAUGGCACUGUUAAUCCAAACACCGCUGCUCCGCCGCCUCCGUCUCCAGGCCAUAUGCACAGCCAGCUACCACCCUACCCACAGCCGCAGCCUUACCAGCCAGCCCAGCAGUAUUCCUUCGGAACAGGGGGGUCAGCAGCUUACCGACCUCAGCAGCCUGUUGCUCCUCCUGCCUCUAACGCUUACCCUAACCCCCCAUACAUAUCCCCUGCCACUUCCUACUCCGGGCAGCCCCAGAUGUACACAGCACAGCAAGCCUCCUCACCUACCUCCAACUCUGCUGCUUCUUUCCCUCCUCCCCCUUCCUCUGGAGCGUCCUUCCAGCAUGGCGGACCAGGAGCUCCACCGUCAUCUUCAGCUUAUGCACUGCCUCCUGGAACAACAGGUACACCGCCUGCUGCCAGUGAGCUGCCUGCGUCCCAGAGAACAGAAAAUCAGUUUUUCCAAGACCAGGCAUCUAUAUUGGAAGGUCCUCAGAACGGUUGGAAUGAUCCCCCAGCUUUGAACAGAGUACCGAAGAAGAAGAAGAUGCCUGAGAACUUCAUGCCUCCAGUUCCCAUUACAUCACCAAUCAUGAACCCUGCCGGUGAUCCCCAGUCACAGAUGCUGCAGCAGCAACCGUCAGCUCCAGGGCCGCUGUCAAGCCAGGCCUCCUUCCCACAGCCGCACCUUGUGGGCGGCCAGCCCUUCCAUGGUGUACAGCAACCUCUUGGUCAAGCAGGCAUGCCACCAUCUUUCUCAAAGCCCAACAUCGAAGGGGCCCCAGGAGCUCCUAUUGGAAAUACCAUCCAGCACGUGCAGGUUCUGCCAACAGAAAAGAUUAGCAAGAAACCAAUCCCAGAUGAGCACCUCAUUCUAAAGACCACGUUUGAGGAUCUUAUCCAGCGCUGCCUCUCUUCAGCCACAGACCCCCAAACCAAGAGGAAGCUGGACGAUGCCAGCAAACGCCUGGAGUUUCUGUACGACAAACUUAGAGAACAGACACUUUCCCCAACCAUCAUCAAUGGUCUACACAGCAUUGCGCGGAGCAUCGAGACGAGGAACUACUCUGAAGGGUUGACCGUCCACACCCACAUCGUCAGCACCAGCAACUUCAGCGAGACAUCAGCGUUCAUGCCGGUCCUCAAGGUUGUUCUCAGUCAGGCCAGUAAGCUGGGCGUCUGAGAACAGCUGUACUGUCAGCUGACAUUGCCACUUCUCCAAAGAAAGCCAUGCUAAGACUGGACCAACCCCUCAUUAGCAUGUUUCCAUGGCAGCCACCCAGGAGCUUUGACAUCAUUUCUGCAGGUACCCUCACCCUAGAACUGCUUGAACCCUGGUGCUUUCUUUUGUUUUAAUCUUCUAUUACCCAUUAUGAUUUUCUGCAAAUAGUGUCUUUCCUGGAUUACACAUAGUGUGGUUUCCCGAGGGACUCUAACAAGGAGUGGCUUUUAAAACUUUUUAGAGAACUUGCAUCUGGCUGUGUAUAAAAUGGACCGAAAACUAAAUCUCUUUGAUGUCUUCCUUACUUUCUCCACGUCAAUCAGAUUAAAGUGUGUAAUCCUA